CAGGGCCCGCGCCGCUGCCUAGGGCGACCCGAGGGACGCUGCCUAGGGCGCGGCUCCGGGGACCCGUGCGGCCUAGCACGGCCCGGCGCUGCGCGGAUGGCCCUGCUCCUGCGGCCCGUGCUCGCCGUCCUUCUUCUCCUCCUGACCGCCGCUUUCAGGUGCCAGGAGCAGGCCCAGACCACCGACUGGAGAGCCACCCUGAAGACCAUCCGGAACGGCGUUCACAAGAUAGACACGUACCUGAACGCCGCCUUGGACCUCCUGGGAGGCGAGGACGGGCUCUGCCAGUAUAAGUGCAAUGACGGAUCUAAGCCUGUUCCACGUUACGGAUAUAAACCCUCCCCGCCGAAUGGAUGUGGCUCCCCACUGUUCGGUGUUCAUCUUAACAUUGGCAUCCCUUCCUUGACAAAGUGCUGCAACCAACACGACAGGUGCUAUGAGACCUGCGGCAAAAGCAAAAACGACUGUGAUGAGGAGUUUCAGUAUUGCCUCUCCAAGAUUUGCCGAGAUGUGCAGAAAACACUAGGGCUAGCUCAGCAUGUGCAGGCAUGUGAAACCACCGUGGAGCUCUUGUUUGACAGCGUUAUACAUUUAGGCUGUAAGCCGUACCUGGACAGCCAACGAGCCGCAUGUAGGUGUCGCUACGAAGAAAAAACUGAUCUUUAAAGAAGAUACUGACAGGUGGUGACAGCAGAUGAGGAUAGAAGAACAUAACCUUUGACAAAGAGCUAAUGUUUUCACAGCAUAAAGCUGCCUUAUUUUUGUGAAAGGAUUAUUUUAAGACCUUAUUUUGACAUUAAAACUUCAAACUAAAGA